AUGUUCUCGGUCAAGCGCUUCGACGCUUUCGGCGUUUCGUCGUCGUCAGGGCAGAAAGAGGAUACUGUCGACGCGGCCAAGCUCGACGCUCUCAACGAGCGCAUUCGCAAGAAGCAGAAAAUCGCACCUGCAGGCGAGGCAUCAGGCUCACAACUAUCGAGUGUGGCUACGGUAUCAGCACCGGUCACUUCCUACACGGCAGCAUCCACCCCUGCAUCGCGACCAGCACUCAACAUCCAUCCCUCUCGCUUGAACGCGGCACCCCUGCUCCGGCAAUCAGUCAACAAAGCUCAGACUGGACCAAGAGAAAAGACGAAAGCAAAACAGCGAUACCUCAAAGCGAAAAAGGUGCGUCGCAAGGCAAAGUUGAGGUCUACUCCUAAGAAGUCAAAGACCGACGCCAACGCGGCAUCCGCAAUAGCAGACAACUCGAUCGUCUCGCAUUUGCCAGAGGAGGAGGCCUUGCACCGUCGCGAGGCGGCCAAACAGAAAGCAGCGAAGAACGCGGUUGCAUCGCAACAGGCAAGGUCAGACGCUCCAUCUAAUUCGGAUUCGGAUUCGGACAAAGACUCGGAUCAACAGUCGAAUAUUGGCUCUGAGCAGGACGAUUCCGAGUCAGAGUCAUCUUCGACCCCUCAAGCCACGCUACCGAAAGCAAGUGCCGAAGACAAGCAGGUCGAGGGCGAUGCUGCGAAUGAGGUCAAGGCACUGGAACGUUUCCCUCUCGCAGGUGUCAAAAAAGCUGUGGAUGCCAAACUCAUCAGCUCGCUUGGUCUUCCUGAAGGUCUUUCCAACCGAACCAUCGUAGACCCCACAUUGUCUCGACCUCUUCCGCAGCGAACCAAACCAAGCAAGGCAUCCACAGCAUCUCCGCACUCCACGCCCGACGGCGGCGCACUCAUUGACCAAGACACAGCAGAAGCCUCCUCGGACGACGAUCAAGAAUCGGUCACCCUCUCCGCGCGCAGCAGCGCCAACGACGACUUUAGCAAGGUCGCACUGAGCGACACCGUACGCUCCCGCCUCGAAGCGCUCGGUGUGAGCGAAUGGUUUGCCGUCCAAGUAUCUGUGAUCCCGUGUCUGCUCGCUCAGCCGCAGAGCCGGUCUUUGUACCGGCCCUUUGCUCCACCACGCGAUCUGUGCGUAUCCGCACCGACAGGAAGCGGAAAGACACUUGCGUACAGUGUGCCCGUUGUCGAAGUUCUGCGCACACGUCAGAUCGUCCGUCUCCGUGCUCUGAUCGUUCUGCCAACGCGAGACCUCGUCUCGCAGGUCCGCAGUACUCUGGAGUUGGUGGCCAAAGGAUCUGGGUUGAAGAUCGGCACCGCCACUGGUCAACACAGCUUUGCGCACGAGCAGAGCCAGCUUGUCGGGACGAGCAAGCCGGGCGAACAAGAAGAGGAUGCGCAGCUCGAGUCCAAGGUUGAUAUCUUGAUUGUCACGCCAGGUCGACUCAUUGAUCAUCUCGAUUCGACACCUGGGUUCACUCUCGCGCAUUUGCGAUUCUUGGUCAUCGACGAAGCAGACCGUCUUCUGAAUCAGUCUUUCCAGGAAUGGCUGCGCCGUGUCCUUGCUGCAACCGAAGGCAAGGCGAAUGCUGUUGAGGCUCACUCACAGCAACAAGGCCCCGCUCAAGCCCCGUACGAGCUCUUGUCGUCUUGCGCUUCAGGACUGGGAGCUGCAACUUGGUCGACUCUGCAAGAAGAAGCAGUGCCGUCCGUACAGAAGCUGCUGUUUUCUGCGACAUUGACACGAGACCCGGCCAAAAUUGCCGCGCUCGGUCUGCGCAACCCUCACUAUAUCACUGUCCAGGACCGUCACUCGGCCGGAGACGAGGAGAAUGGACGCACAAACGGCGGACCGCAGCACGAGCGCUUCUCGCUUCCCCAUUCGCUUCGUGAACACAUGCUCGUGACAACAUCCGCGGACAAGCCCUUCCACUUGCUCUACCUGCUUCAUCGUCCUGACGAGGUCAACGACAAUAGCCGCAUCCGCAAAGCACUUUGCUUCACCAAGUCGGUCGAUUCGGCUGCAAGACUCGUCAAGCUCCUCGAAAUCUUCGAGCAAGUCCGCAGCGAGAACGGACUCGUCGCUCGCGGAAGUCGGCCUCUAGUUGUCAAAAACUACUCGUCUGAGCUCAAGCCCUCCGACCGUCAACGGAUCCUCACAGCAUUCGGACAAGGCGAGAUCGACUUGCUUGUUAGCUCGGAUCUGAUUUCGCGAGGUAUCGAUUUGCCGUCUGUCGAGCAUGUGCUGUCGUACGACGCUCCGAUCGACCCGGCCAAGUACGUCCACCGUGUGGGUCGCACUGCGCGUGCUGGGAAGCACGGUGACGCUUGGACGCUUGUCGAAGAACAAGAGGCGCGACACUUCAAGAAGAUGGUCCGCUCCAUCGCUCGUCAAACGCCCAUGGCCAAGAUCAAGCCCAAGAAGCUCAAGGAGGGAGAGGUGAUUGACUUUGUCGAGGGGGAUGUCGCGAGUCGUGAAUUGCGCAAGCUGCAUGAUGCGUACGAAGAGGCGCUUGGCAGGAUGGCUAAACUGUAUCGUACUCAGUGA